AUGAAGCCUUGUCAUUAUUAUUGUGGGGCCACAAUCUCUUAUCUGAAAACACAUCUUGUUUUUUUUUUUUUUUUUUGUUAUCUUUCACUUUCUUCAUCUUGUUUUCCUCCUCCUUUUAUCUUUACUCUUCUUCCUCCACCUCCUUUUAUCUUUACUCUUCUUCCUCCACCUCCUUUUAUCUUUACUCUUCUUCCUCCACCUCCUUUUAUCUUUACUCUUCUUCCUCCACCUCCUUUUAUCUUUACUCUUCUUCCUCCACCUCCUUUUAUCUUUACUCUUCUUCCUCCACCUCGUUUUAACUUUACUCUUCUUCCUCCACCUCCUUUUAUCUUUUACUCUUCUUCCUCCACCUCCUUUUAUCUUUACUCUUCUUCCUCCACCUCCUUUUUAUCUUUACUCUUCUUCCUCCACCUCCUUUUAUCUUUCCUCCACCUCGUUUCUUUCCUCCACCUCCUUUUAUCUUUUAACUUCUUCUUCCUCCACCUCCUUUUAACUUUUUACCCUUCUUCCUCCACCUCGUUUUAA